UGAACAAGCAAAUUUGUUUGCCAAGAGGGAGCAAUUAGUGACCGGGAGCUCGGAAAGUUCUCCAGUUUCAAAGAUUCUGAUAAGCCGCAAGUGUUAAGUGUCUGAAUAGAGCUGUCAGCUGAGCACAGCAUCUUCUGGUGGUGGAGAAAAGGAUCCAGUUAAAGAUUGCACAAUCUGAGAGGUUACCUUUUUCUUCUAGCCUGAAGAGGGUCAACCUUAGCUUUGUAGUGAACCACUAGGAGCGAUUUUAAUCACUUGAUGCUCAUGGGGUUGAAUGAGUGGAAAAUAACAGAGUGAAAACUUUUUUGUCAUCUGUUGCCUUGAAAUAAAAGCAAGAAACCAUGUUCAAAGGAUGUAAACGCCUUGGGUGAAGGUGCCUGGUUAAAAUAAACGUGCAGCAGGAACAGGAGGAGUGUUUGUUGAUGAUGCUGUAAGGAAACUGGACCACAGCAAGAGAGAAGAAAAUUGUUCUACUUUUCAUUAUCCAUUCCGUGUCAUUAAACUGAACCUUAAAGUGGCCUUACAGCAUGUUUGCCCCAGUGAACUUGUUCGGAUUGGCCGGAGCUUGGUGUGCCAUGUCCGUCGUGAUGAUGUCCGUUAUUAAACGUGCUGAUUCCAGGCUAAAUGAACCCGUCGAGUUGGAAACAUUUGAUUACUGCAUCAAAACGACCCCGAACGCAGGCCUUCUGCAGUGUGCUGGCCAGCAGGCUAUUGCCUCGCUGCAAUUCCUAGAGGAGGCAAACAAUUUGACGCUGGCCGGAGGCAUUAUGAUGAUCAAGGAUGACACAAACCCGUCGGCCAGAAUCCUUCCAAACAUUAUUGACCACGAUCCGUUGGAUUUCCGCGGAAUCCUGGAGAACGCUGGUGCCAUGAUAUCUCAGCGGCAGCUGAUGUGGGACAUGGGCAUCAUCUACCCAGGAUUGAAGCUGAAAAUUGGGCCCACCCUCGGCGCCAACGGAGUGCUCGAAUUCGUGAUGGAUCCCGGUGUGCUGAAUGACGAGAGAAGCUUUCACGAGGAAAAGUCUACAGCUCGCAUAUUGACACGAAACUUUGUUGUUCCCUUCCUGCUGGGGCUGAAAUUCAAUCUCGCCACCCUGCUGCCGCUGGUUUUCGGCGGGCUAAUUCUUCUGAGCAAGAAAGCUUUGAUACUGGGAAAAAUAGCUCUCUUCGUUUCGGGCUUAUUCGGUUAUGGCAGCAUCUUUUCGCCCGGCAUUGGAUUGGGUUUCCCGUACGGAGGACUAGGUGGUGCUAGUGGCCUUUCCGGGUAUGGCUUUUCCCAUAGACCGUUCCGAUAUGGAGAGGCACUUCACGACAAACCCGAUUGGGACCAUCAUUAUGCGGCCAGCAGCCAAAGUGAUAGUGUUAGCAACCAUCGACCCGGAUACGGAAAUGAUCAUGGCAGUUUGGGAAGCAAUCAUCAUGGCGGUAAUCAUCAUCAUGGCAGUCAGAACGAUGAGGGAACUAGUGGAGGUUACUACAAAAAGAAGGACAAGUAUCUGAAUUUGGACGAACGUUUGGAGUCCCAGGCUUCGUCACUGGUGGACAAGUUCUAUGAAUUUGAGAAACAGCAAAUGCUGAAGGAUCGCACCACAAGGCUUUUUGAACGAAAGUUUUACGAAACAGAACAAGGUAAGGAUGCGAAGGGAAAUGAGAGCAAGGAUCCGAGCAGUGGUGCAGCACCAGCUUCCGCGAAGAGCAAGGGCGACGGAUAUACUUUUGUGACGUCGGAUAAUGCAGACCGAAGCGGUAGGUCACUUCCGAUGACUUCAGGGUACCGUAACUUUGCAUGGUCCGAUGAAUCAUAGUGUUUUAAGAGAACAAAACGAAACAUUUAUUUCAUUUUUCGAAUGCAAUUUUGAGUGCGUUUCAGCAUUUACUAAAUU